UAUUCCGUGCUUUACAAUUGAUUGUAAAUCUUUAUUAUGUUUUCCUGUGCUGUCUGUAAAAUAUUUCGUGAUGGUCACCCAUCGCACAAAAGGGAAAGCUUCUGGGCUUGGAUUGUUUGCUUCGCCGCUGCAACGAAUCUGGCUUUCACCACUGGAUUGGUUUAUAGUUUUGGAGUGCUCUUGCCGAUAUUCAUGGAUCAUUUUAAAGAAAGCCGAGAACGUACAGCCUGGGUUGGUUCGCUACCUAUCGCCCUGGUGCCGUUCUUUUCCAUAUUUGCAAGCUCCUUAGCCAACCGAUUUGGCUGCCGAACGGUGUCUGUGACGGGAUGUAUGGCAUUUGCGCUCAGUUUAGUGACAGCUUCAUUGGCUAAGAACUUGACCGUCUUGUACGUAGCCUUUAGCGUUAUUGGGAUUGGGGCUAGUUGUGCAUUAGUGUCAGGUUUAGUAAUGGUUCGAAAAUGUUUUGACAAACGCGAAGCAUUUGCUCUUGGAAUCGUUUCAACGGGGCAAGGCUUGGGAACAAUGGUUCUCAGCCAAGUUCUUCAAUAUCUUACUGACGCUGUCGGCUGGAGAAGUACCUUGCGGAUCAUGGCGGGUGCUUUAGUUUUAAACGCAUUGCUUGCUUUGCUUUUUGAUUCUAAAGUGGACACAGAAAACUCUGAGAGCGGGGAACAGCUUUCAAGUGAAGAGGAUGGACAGAGAAGAAAGUCCAAACGAUUCACAUUCCAUUGCUCCGUAUGGAAAGUUCCCAGUGUUAUUACGCUUACAAUCACAGGAGUGUUCUUUAUGUUUGGUCGUUCUAUAAUCUAUGUGCUUGUGGUGAAAUACUCCGUAGAUCGUGGGAUGUCUUCUGCAGCGUCGUCAAGGCUCGUUCUUUUUAUGGGAAUCAAUAUUGUUCUUGGCCGAUUUGUGAGUGGCUUUCUGUGCUCCAUCAAACGACUCGAUAACUGGUUUAUUUUACAAGGCAUGGCAAUCACAAACGGCGUCUCGACAAUGCUCCUUGCCUUGGCUAACAGCUACGAAUGGUUAGUCGCAUAUUCCGUUAUAUUCGGGUUUUGUGACGGGGCAAUGGGUGUAUUGGUUAACAUCAUAGCUCUGACAUGCGUAGAUCCCUCUAAAGCAGGUUCAGCCUUUGGUAACGUUUUGCUGGCGACGUCCUUGGUGACAUUAGUUGGACCUCCUCUGUCAGGUUUUACCGUCGACAAACUUGGCACAUAUGGGCCUGCAUUCUUCAUGGCUGGCGGUGCUCUUAUUGUAGCUUCGUUUACUCCAUGGAUACUGUGCUGUCUUAGAGACAGGAAAACUGAAAAGAUCGAAGUAUCUCUUGAAGACUAUGAUGAUGGAACCGAUACCCAGCACUUGAAGGAGGAUAGCUGUCAUCACGAGCCUGGCUUGGAGGAGAUAACACCAGUUUCCGCAGUCCGCAGUCAACAAUGAAUUAUUCAUGUAAAUGAGUUUACAGAUAAUCACAUUGUUAAGGGGCGCUGGUGUUGGUGUGAUGGGUUUGCAGUCCACUCAAUUUCCAAAAAUAAAAAUUGUGAAUUCCAGUUGAUUGAAGCUGGAAUGACAUCAAAUACUAUCUCGCACCAAAGCUAAAAUGCUUCAAACGAACGUUAAGAAUCAUACAAGUGAUCACAAUAAUACUCAAAAGAGAGUGUGGAUAUUUCCCGAGAUUUUAUCCAAUGCGUGAAGUCGUCAAAUUCAUGUCUUGCUGGGCAACAGGAGCAAGGCAUCAUCUGUUCAUUUUGAUUACAAUACUAGCCCUUUGACCUUUAAGAGUGACUAGCGUCUAAUUUCUCCUUAAAAUAUCACUUUUGGGUAAUUAAAAUGAAGGAAAUGAUCACCUACCAGAAAAGUUCUCAGUUUUGAGCGUGCAUAACUUCUGCUCGACGCUGAGAUUGUCAAGAUGAUUGUAAAUUAAGUGGGCUUUGUUCUCCAGUUACAUACCCUCGUGCGCUCCGCGCAAGUCUUUGAACAGCUCACUACUUAGAGAGUGCACGAAUGUAUCUCACAAACCCGCUGAAGGCCAUAAUAUUCUGUCCAGAUAGAAAGGCAAGCAAAAGCAUAUACUCCGUUGUCCGUGCAGUUGGGAUAUCCAUUCCUUCUUCUACUAGUGCGCCUUGGGCUUUAAAGUCAGUCCAGUGGGAUACGCAACUCGAAUACGAAAUCUUGUUUAGCCUUGUGGCCGUGCAUCUCUUCGUUUAUUUGACGCACCGGCAAUUAAGAUGACAAGCUUGAGUAAAACCGUAAGAUGUCUUCUGCUUAGCGCUUAGAUAGUGUAUCAAAAUAGGCAUGAAGUGUGUUCUGUUUCAGUUGCAUACACACAUGCAAGGAAAUCAAGCAAAAUGCAACCACGGUUCAUUACAAUUGAUUUAGGUUAAAAAUCACCCAGAUAAAUCACUUUAUUUCAAGUGAUGGAAGAGGGAGAGGAGAGGACGAGGAGAAAAAAGGAUUAAAAGCCCGAGACAAUGGAGAGAGUACAUAAGGUUACUUUAAAUGGAUUAGAGAGCUUGAAAAUAACUGCAUUCAAUUGCAAAUUAACAGAGGGGUAUCAGAUUAAAAACUUUUCCUUUUGCUUCUAAAGCUUAAAUUGUAGAUGAAUGCAAACAGGCGAGGUCAAUGCAAACAGCAUAUAAGAUUACCUGAAUGGAGUAUUAAACUGCAUAUUUAACAAAGGGGUCUCAGUUUGGAAACUUACAAAGUAAAACUUACAAAAGAAAAUAAAACUUCU